UGGAUAUUCUGAAUCAAAUUUUACAAUCAAGUCCUUCAUCAGCUCAUGGUGGUUCAGAUGGCCAAACAGCUCUGCAUGCUGCUGUGGUUGAGAAGCAUUUUGAAAUCAUGGAAGUGCUCCUAAGAUUCAAACAGCAGCUGAGCAAAGAAGCUGACCACCAAGGAAAGACUCCUCUUUACUAUGCAGCAUACCUUGGAGACCAUAGAACAGUAAAACGAUUACUAGAACUCGACAUUUCGAUAGCAUAUGUUUUGGAUAAACAGGGUUGCUCACCAAUUCAUGUUGCAGCCAGCAAAGGUCAUACCAGUGUGAUUAGAGAGAUUGUUCGACAUUGCCCAGAUUCGGGAGAACUUGUUGAUCCUUAUGGAUGGAAUGCCCUUCAUAUUGCAAUCUUCAAUGGGCAAGCAAACGUUGUCAGAUAUAUACUAGAAACAGCAGAGCUGGAGGGGCUCAUAAACCAGCCUGAUUUUGAUGGAAAUACGCCUUUGCAUCUAGCCACCAUUGAAAGAAAAACUUGGAUUCUGAGAUACUUGAGGUGGGAUGGAAGAGUAAAUUUAAUAUCCAAGAACAAAUUUGGCCAAACAGCAAUUGAGAUUGAUAGGUCAAUCAAAGAAUCUAGUAUUACAUUUCCCAGGGAAUUGCGGAACAUAACUCCAAGCAUUUGGGGACAUCUCGGUAACCGACAUUCAUGGUUGGGCAACAUCAAUAUUUCCCCAAGAGCAGAACAAGAAGAAGCCAAUGCAGUGCAAACUUACAUGCAAAUGGGGCAGACCCUGUUGAUGGUUGCAACACUUAUCACAACUGUAACAUUUGCAGCUGCCUUCACAAUGCCUGGGGGGUAUAACAACGAUGUAGGCCCAGACCGAGGGCAGGCUCUUCUGCAGUCAAAUAAUGAUUUCAAGUGUUUCAUCAUCACAGACACUGUUGCCAUGACUUGCUCAAUAAUUGCAGCUUGCCUUCUGUUUUGGGGAGCUGUCAACAGCAACAAGUCCUCCUAUGUUUACUAUUUCACAAGUGCUGCUGCUCUUACAUAUAUUGCUUUGCUAUCCACUGGAAUAGCAUUCACAACAGGAGUUAAGGCUGUCAUGCCCCAUCAGCAAUUUGCCAAAGUCUUGGGCAACGUAAUUGGAAUCGCUUUUCAUGUUAGUACCUUUUUGUUUCUUUCCCAACUGGUGAAAAUGUUUUCCCUUCCUGAAGCCUGCAGAUUCUUCAUUUCUCAUCUUUGUAAGCUCAAGUGCAAAAUCAAGAACAAACCAUGAAGAAUAAGUGCAUUUUGCACUACUUUAUAGUUCAACUCCUUUUACCCCUU